CAAGAAAAGAAAAGAAAAGAAAUCUGAGGAGACAUUGAACGCAAUUUCUCUAAUACAGUACCAAGCAAUAUCGCACAAUCUUUGAUUUGCAUCAAUAAUAGACGGCUUCUUAUCAAUUUACUAUUUCACUUGGAAACUGGGUAUUCAAUAGGAGUGUUUCCAUCAUUGACAUUAUUUUUAAACCCUUGCAUGUCAGAGAUCUCUCAACCUGACGCGUAACUGGAAGUAAAUUGCUGAUCUCCGUAAUUUUGACUCUGUACAAGACCACGACCCGGUUUAGAGCAGAAAAUAAACCAACCCAAAGAAACCAAUCUAUUACACUACAGAUCAGUUAUCUGGAGACGAGGAACGAUGGACUCGUCGAAUCACGAACACACCGCAUCCGCUGCUAGGCCGCCCCGGGCCUCUCCACUUGCAGAACCCAAGAAUGGAACACCAACUGCGGUAAAGGACACAAAUAUCGCAUCAACAGCAGUGAAGAGACCCCUUGCCUCCGCGACUCUAAGUCCCUGUGCACACGAAGCCCCAGCCGCUCAGGUCGCCGCUGCUGACAACCAGACGAGGGAAAACACGACGAAUUCCAAAGCCAUUCAGAACACGAAAAAGAAGAAACCCUUCCAGGCUCAAAAGCAAUUACCAUYUAAAGCGAAAAAGACCUUGAAGAAGACAAAGAAGAAAAAGAAAUUUUCAUCGAUUCUUUCGGGAAUGAUGAAACCAAAAGAAAAGAAGGCAGCAGAUCUGGUCAAGGAUCGAGAAGAAGCACUGCGCAAGCAUUUGGGCGGGGGGGCUUUUGCGAAGGUGGACAAGAUAUGAUUAAACCUCGAGGCUACGAUAUCAAAACGUACUGACAGGAAUUUAUAACGAAUAUGCAUGAAAACUACAUCGAAAUACUAUUACAUGAGUGUAAGAAGGGCUACUAUUAUUGUGUUGUUCGUUGGUACGACGCCUUUGAUUCGAUGGACGCUGUAUGUGUCAAGGGAAAGGAGUUGCUUCGAUUAGUAAUGGUAGAUUCUCUCUUCCGUCAUCUCGAGUGGUAAAUGAUUUUCGUAGAGGUAGCAUAGUGCAGGUUGGGAUUCAAAUUCAUGGCUAGAUUGAAAUAAAGGGCAGGAAAAUGGGAAAUCAGAAAACUGUACCCACUAGCCUACAAAAGUAGAUCAAAAUGGUUUGGGUGAUUAAGAGCGGCCACAUAUACGAAAAGGAUUGGUCCCCAGUCAGAGAUUGACUUUUUCUUGAUUGUUCUUUUCGAAAUAGGAGUAUCAUGAUUUACCAUCCUUGGAUGUACCAUGUACUAUGGAAUUUCAAAGUAAGACACGAUGAGAAAAGUUGAAACCGCAUGGAUCCAAUCUGCUGAAAGUAACUUCUAAUUUUGAGUAAAUCCACAAUUUUGUU